AUGUCAUACUGUCACAAGUCGCGAUUUUUACCUUGGCGAGCCUGGAUCAGCUAGCUGCUCACAAUCAGUUAAAUUUGAGAUGAUACCUGUUUAUUUACUUGACAGAUUGGCCUCUUGUUGCUUACUUCCAAUCCCUCAACUUUCCUGUGAAGUCGUUGGGGACGAACUCUUCCAUAAAUUUCCCAUAAGCCCUCCUGGCUCAGGGUCAGAAUUCAUGAAACCGACCGCACCGAGCAUGCUAACUAUCGAAGAACACGUCCCUGGACACAAUUUCUCAUUGAAAGAAUCUUUUUCUGACUCGGCGUAGUGCAACAUUCUUCUUACGUGGCUUGGACUUCUGGUGAAAUCCAGAUG